AUGUGACCAUUCAGAAACUCCCAUAAAAUGACCAACGCCUGCGUAAAUGCGAUCGGAUUUACGCGGGAACAUUCACACGGAGUGCUUCGCACGAGCGGUUCGUUCGACUGCUCCUUUUCGCUGUAUAUUUCACGGUGUACGUUCAACGGGCAGCCACGCCUUUCGCUUUCCGGCCUGAACACCGUAGGGGAGUUGUUAGCGACUCGUGGAAUACACGAAAACGUACCCAGUCAUGGAAGCCAGGUCAGCACGUUCGUCUAAGAAGAGCCUGGCCACGCCGAGGACAUUAAUUCCACGACGGAGCUCUUCGGUCGAUGCACGCAGUUCUGUGGGUGGGAUGACGGGUCGCAGCAGCCGCUCUGCCUGGACCCCCGCUAUGUCCGGUGGACGAAACAGACGCUUUUCUAGCUUGUCUCAAGUGGACCGUUUGAGCCAAGGUGCACCAAGAGUGGCAAACCUGAAAGACCAGAGACCCUUCAAUGACAAGGCUUACGUUUCCCAUUGUGUGGACAUGCUGUAUGAAUUUCUGAAGGAGAAGGCAUAUCCCAACUACACCACUCCACAAGCAUUGAGCAGAAUGUCUGCCAAGGAAUUCGAAAACGUUAUCACGUUCUUAAUACAGUUCUUCGAGCCAAACUUCAAGCUGGGUGGUGGAACGCGGAUGGAAGAUGCGGUGCUUGAGCAGCUGCGUCGACUGGGCUAUCCCUACCCACUGCACAAGAGCAUGCUGAUGGGAAUCGGUUCCCAGCCACACAAGGCCCUCGCCAUCAUCACCUGGCUCGCAGAUUUUGCCAAGUACCUCGACAGUGUAAACCCACUGGACGACUUCUUUACCGCAGAAGACUCUCCAAUUGGCACUCCUGGGCCGCGCCUUGCCGGAGGAAGUGGCACCGUGGGGUUGCUGCUGAAACACUGCCUGCAAAGGCAAGACGACGACAGCAGCUUUGACGAAGACGCUUUCCUCGACAACUUGGUGCUCGAAGCUGUUGGCCCCAUACAACCUGUAGAGGAGAUUGAGAAGAAACUGGCAGAGCAACACCAAGAGGUGCAAAGACUGGCGGCUCUCGUGGAAGCACAGGAAAUGCGCAAGAAGGAGCUGCAGCAAAGCAAACUGAAAAUCCAGUGCUUCGAGAAAUACUUUGAAGAGAUGGCUGCACACUUCAAAGCUAGGAGGGUAGAUGUGGAGAAGAAUGAGAAGAAGCUUGCUACCCUUGUGUGUCAGGGCAGUAUGGAUCUUCGCGCUGAAAACGCCCAGCUACAGGCAAGCUUCAAGUCCUCUACCACCUGCCUGCGUCGUGUGCUGCCAAGAAACACUCUUGAUGACUUCGACCUGCGACCAGUGGAGGAUGCCCGAUCUCUUCAGAGGCACAUUGCCUCAAACACAGCAGCUGCCGCUAAGGUGGCCGACCAGCUCGGUCGUAUGGAGAAGGAACUGCAGGGCUGCAUACAGCAAGAUCAGGAUCUGUGCGAGCAGUAUACAUUCAAAGUGGAAGACCUGGAGCGAGACCUGCAGCUGAAGCAAGAGCUCAUUGCCAAGCACAAGUCAUACUGGGCAGAGCAAACGGCCGACACGCGCAAGAACGCUCAUGAUCUGGACAAGGAGUAUGCCGAUAUCUGCAAGGCAACCUCUGACCUUCGGCAGAAGCUAACCACCGAUCCAGAAAUCAAGGCCGCUCAGGAGUCUGAAAAGCGCCUGGCUAACCUCCAGAAGCAGUUGGCAGAGACCAUUGCUCGGCAGGAUGAAACCAUUGCUGCCAGUGAUGCUGCCUUGCACCAAUGCGCAGAUGCUGCACGUGUCACUUACAGGGAGAUCAUGGACACAAUCAAGGAAAUGCACGACAGCUUCGUAGACGCCAUUGAAGAAAACAUGAGACUGAGAAAACAAUGAGAUGUUCUUCUGUAAUUAUUGCUGUUGUCUGUACAUUUGCGUAACUUCAGAUCUCAAUAAACCCCCUAACCAGAGCCGUGCUUGCCCUACCUAUGUACAUACAGAUAUCGCCAAGGGCUAGUCCACGCUGUUUCUAUUCCUUUGCCGUGAACAUGUCGCAAACGUCUCUACUCAUCCAAAACUCCUACUGCAGAGUUUGGACCACUCGCAUGUUUGUAUCGUGUACUUUACAUUUGUUCCACUGUUAGCAUUUCUGCCCUUUGCGGGAUGUUGUGUGUUAUUGAACGUUUUCGUUGAUGAAGUACUGAACACAUGCUCUAUUCUUGUACUCGUAUGACCACGUUGCACGAAAAUCCUCAAAGGUGGAAGUAGUAGAAGAAAUUUUAUCUCCUUGUACAUAGUUGAUGUAGCUGAACUAAGAGUUGCUGUUUUUAUUAUGUUCUAUUUAAAUAGUUUUUGCAGCUGGGUUCCACCACCCUUUCAAAUGACCUUUUUAAAACUGAGUUUUUAUUCUUAAUAUUUUAAAACACAGACAUUCAGAAUUGUUGUGCAGAAAAGGUUAAGUCUCUGUGCGGUUCUGUACAAAAGUUAUGGUCUUUUUCGUAACUGCACUAAAACAAAAAAUGACGUGUUCAAAAAAAUUAGUUCUUGCUUUUCAGGUGUUCUUCAUGCAUG